AUGAUGGCUUUUUCUCGUCGUCUCGCUAUUCUCCCCGGAGGCCUUGGCGGUCUUGGAUCCAGCAUAGGCAAAAAGCUUCGACAACAAGGAGCCCGCCUGGCAAUUUUGUAUGCACCAUUCGAAGCUUCUCGGCGCGACGAACUCCUCGAAUCGGGUUACGGUGCGGACACCAAUAUCGACGAAAUUCACACUUACGAAUGCGACAUCACUUCUUCGGACUCUGUCCAGUCAGCAUUCCAUUUACUGGAAAGAAAAAACUCCGAGCAUAACACCUCAAGCCCAAAAGAAGCUACUUUUCCUAGCAUCUUGAUCAAUACAGCUGGCUACGUGUCUCUCAGCGAUAUGGAGGUAACGCCACCGGAGGAAACGCUCAAGCAUCUGACGACCAACAUCUACGGCCCAAUGCUCUGCUCCCAGGCAUUCGCCAGGAUGUACUUUGCAGCUUCUCAAGCUGCGGAGGAAUCCUCAAGCCCGACCCCGCCGGGGAGAAUCGUCAGCAUAUCAUCCCAAGCAGCGCACGCCGCUUUACACCGGCACGGGGCGUAUUGCGCCUCCAAAGCUGGACUCUUGGGUUUGACGCGCAGUAUGGCCUCUGAGUGGGGAGCUUGGGAAGAAGGCUUGGGGGAAGAGAAGAUUCGUAAUGCGUUUUUGGAGAGCAUCCCCACCGGAAAGUUCGCGCUACCCGAGGAAGUAGCGGAUUCUGUGCUAUUCCUAUGUCAGUAUCUGCAGGAUUCGAGCGGCAUGAUAAAUGGUGCCGAUAUUCGAGUUGACGGCGGGUUCACAGUUCGAUAA